AUGUCCGACGAUGAAGAAAUUAUAUACGUGAAAAGACCGAAAAAAAUACAUUACGGAUCGUUGGAAGAACAAGAAAGAGCAAAGCUUUUGGAGAGUUUAAAAGAUGACGCCGAUAAAGAUGCCGGUUCGUUAUUAUCAGGGAAUAUUCACAUAUCUGAUGAAUACAUGGACAUUGAGGAUGAAGUAUCCAAAGACAGGGCUGCGUUGUUGGAAGAGUUCGAAAGGCGUAAAAGAGCGAGACAAAUUCACGUGUCCACGGAUGAUGAUCAGGUUAAAAAAAAUUUGAGGCAAUUGGGUGAACCGAUAUGUUUGUUUGGUGAAGGUCCAGCCGACAGGAGGAGCAGGUUAAGAGAUUUGUUGUCUAAACUGGGUGAAGAUGCUAUACAGAGGAAGCAAGUUGAAGAGGAAACCAGAAUACAACAGGAAAAAGACCAGGAGAGUACAUGGUAUCACGAGGGUCCAAUGGCUUUAAGAACAGCCAGACUUUGGAUUGCUGUCUAUUCGCUGCCCAGAGCUCAAAAAAGAAUAGAAGAAGCCAAAAUGCGUGCUCAACAAUCAGAUACGAGUCGAACUGCUAGAAGGAAUGAAGUACAUAAAAAAAUUCAAGCAGUGACAAUAUUUGCUAGUCAAAUAGGAGACACCAGGCCGAUUUCAUUUUGUCAAUUUUCACCAAAUUCUGAAUAUCUAGCGACAGCUUCUUGGAGUGGUUUGUGUAAAUUGUGGUCUGUGCCUAAAUGUGAAUUAAUUAAAACAUACAAAGGACAUAAUUGUAAUGUUGGAGCCAUAGUGUUUCAUCCCAUGGCUACUCUGGAAGAAAGAAACAAUUCUUGUUCGUUAGCAUCUUGUGCCUCUGACGGCACAGUCAAAUUGUGGUCUUUAGAAAAUGACGAACCUAUCAAAGAUAUCGAAGGACAUGCUCCUUACAGAGUCUCUAAAUUAGCUUUUCACCCUUCUGGGAGAUUUUUAGGUACAUGUUGUUACGAUUCAUCAUGGAGACUGUGGGACUUGUCAAUCGGACAAGAAGUCCUUCAUCAAGAGGGACACUGUAAACCUGUACACUGUUUGUCGUUUCAAAACGAUGGUUCUGUCGCUGCAUCAGGGGGCCUCGAUGCUUUUGCCAGAGUCUGGGAUUUGAGAACGGGAAGAUGCAUUAUGUUUAUGGAAGGUCAUCUCAAAUCUAUAUACAGCAUAGACUUUUCACCGGAUUGUUAUCAGGUGGCAACGGGUAGCGAAGAUAAUACUUGUAAAAUAUGGGAUCUCAGAAAGCGAGAAUGCGUGUACACGAUACCGGCUCACAUGAAUUUAAUAUCCGAUUCGAAAUUUCAAAAAUCCGGAGGAUUUUUCCUAGUGACCGCAUCCUACGAUAACACGGCCAAAGUUUGGUCAAAUAAAACCUGGCAACCGUUGAGAACACUAUCCGGGCACGAUAAUAAAGUCAUGAGCGUGGACGUAUCAAAAGACACUCAAUUCAUAGCGACAAGUUCUUACGACAGAACGUUUAAGUUAUGGGCUCCGGAAGCAAUGGCUUGA